AUGAACGGUUUGAGCUUCAGCGAGCUGUGCUGCCUGUUCUGCUGUCCGCCGUGCCCCGGUCGGAUCGCGUCGAAGUUGGCCUUCCUCCCGCCCGAGGCAAGCUACGACCUGAAACCGGAAGCGGACGCCAGCAACAGCAAGUUCACCCUCACACUGUACGAUAAGGCCGACUGGCAGUACAGCGACCGGGAGAAGGAAUGCUUCGAGGCGUUUUACGCACGGUCUUCCCGCGGCAAUCGGAUCGCCUGUCUGUUUGUCAAGUGCAGCGCGAACGCCCGAUUCACUCUACUCUUUUCCCACGGGAACGCUGUCGAUCUCGGGCAGAUGACGACAUUUUUCAUCGGGCUGGGACAGCGCAUAAAUUGUAACAUUUUCAGCUACGAUUACUCAGGUUAUGGUCAAAGCACCGGAAAACCGACCGAAAAGAACCUCUACGCAGACAUAGACUCCGCGUGGCACGCAUUGCGAACGCGGUACGGCAUCAGCCCGGAAAACAUCAUCCUCUACGGCCAAAGCAUAGGCACAGUGCCAACGGUGGACCUUGCCAGCCGGUACGAGGUGGGUGCAGUGAUUCUACACUCACCACUCAUGUCCGGUAUGCGUGUCGCUUUCCCCGCCACCAAACGCACCUGGUUCUUUGAUGCGUUCCCAAGUAUCGAUAAGGUGCCGAAAGUAACGUCACCCGUGCUUGUUAUACACGGUACGGAGGAUGAGGUGAUUGACUUUUCCCACGGCAUGACAAUCUACGAAAAGUGUCCACGAGCAGUGGAACCGCUGUGGGUGGAAGGAGCUGGCCACAAUGAUGUGGAAAUGUACAGCCAGUAUCUGGAGCGGCUGAAGCAGUUCGUGUCAGUGGAGCUGGUCAACUGACAAAAGCUGAAUAAGCGCGGCGGAGGCGGCGGCAGUAGUGGCAGGCGUACCAA